GUUCCCCGGGGCGAGUCUGCGCCCGAGGGGCUGGGACUCCGGGCCCCGGCCGCGCUGCUGCCGCCCGGCCUCCCGGGAGCUCAGUUUCCCGCCCCCAGGAGUGAAAUCUUUCUGUUCCGUAAACACCCGGGCAUCUGCUCUGCCGAGCGGGCCUGGAGACGGGCGGUGCAGGGCGAGGUCAACGCGCACGGUUCUCCCUUCAAGGAGGGCGGGCCCAGCGGCUCGGGGAUCCGCGCCCCCCGCGCGCCGAGCCUCUCCGCAGGAAGGCGCUGGAGGCCCGAGCGCGUCUCCAGGGCCCCAAGGUCUGCAGGAUGCUAACUCGGCCGCCAGCGAGCCAGGACUCCUCAGAUCCAGUGCUGUAGGAGCCGAGCAGAGUUGGGGACCCCCAGCCCCAGAGGCCCAGUCCGGGGCCUCGACCCACAGCGGCAGUGCGCAUGUGGGAGUUGGCUCUCAUCCCUUCACCGGCUCAUGGUGUCUUCCUGGAAAGCUAAAAACAUGCCUCAGACGCACUUCCUUCCCGCUAGAGGUCUGGAUGUGAAAUUGAGGUGACUUGGGCAUGCAGGUGACUUGGAUAGGUCUCCAAGGUCUCGCUGCUCUUCCAGUAUUGUCUUCUUUGUAAUCACAAGUCAUGGGGGACCAGGACAAACACACCGAGUGUGAGGAUUGGGAGCCACCCAAAGAGAUGAACUGUGCAGCCGCUGGGCCUCCGGGAACACAGUUUCAGGAGAUGGUUAUUAACGUCAGAGGCGUAGAUGGAAGCGAACCCACCGAAGGGAGUAACCUGCUGAACAGUGAAGAGAAAAAGCUCCAGGAAGCCCCAGCUGAGUCGGGCUGUCUGCCGAGACUUAGACAGGCACUGUCCUGCCCUCCUCGUGGCUUACUGAACAGAGGCGUCACAAAUGUCACCAUGGCAGUCCUCCUGUGGGCUGUAGUUUGGUCCAUCACGGACAGUGAGUGUCUCCCAGGAGGAAACCUAUUCGGAAUCAUCAUCCUGUUCUACUGUGCUGUCAUUGGAGGAAAGCUCCUGGGGCUUGUUAAGUUACCAACACUGCCUCCACUGCCUCCUCUUCUUGGCAUGCUGCUGGCUGGGUUUCUGCUCAGAAACAUCCCAGUCAUCUGUGACAAUGUGCGCAUCGAGCACAGGUGGUCUUCCUCCCUGAGAAGCAUCGCCUUGUCUGUCAUACUGGUGCGCGCUGGCCUUGGGCUGGACUCAAAGGCCCUGCAGAAGCUGAAGGGUGUCUGCAUGCGCCUGUCCCUGGGUCCCUGCACCGUGGAGGCGUGUGCGGCCGCCGUGCUUGCCCACUUCCUGAUGGGUCUGCCGUGGCAGUGGGGAUUUAUACUGGGUUUCGUCCUAGGCGCUGUGUCCCCAGCCGUGGUGGUGCCUUCGAUGCUCCUCCUGCAGGAGGGAGGCUAUGGGGUGGAGAAGGGGGUCCCCACCUUACUCAUGGCUGCGGGCAGCUUCGAUGACGUCCUGGCCAUCACCGGCUUCAACACGUGCCUGGGCAUAGCCUUUUCCACAGGCUCUACCAUGUUUAAUGUCCUCAAAGGUGUUCUGGAGGUGGUGAUUGGUGUGGCAACUGGAGUUCUUCUUGGAUUUUUUAUUCGGUAUUUUCCAAGCCAUGACCAGGCCGCCCUGGUGCUGACCCGCGCCUCCCUGCUGCUGGGCCUCUCCGUGCUGGCCGUGUUCAGCAGUGUGCGCUUCGGUGUCCCUGGCUCGGGUGGGCUGUGCACGCUGGUCGCUGCCUUCCUGGCAGGCUUGGGAUGGGGCGACGCAAAGGGUGAGGUUGAACGGGUAAUUGCCAUUGCCUGGGACAUUUUCCAGCCGCUUCUUUUUGGCCUGAUUGGAGCAGAGGUAUCUAUUGCAUCUCUCAGACCAGAAACUGUUGGCUUCUGUGUGGCCACCUUGGGCGCUGCAGUUCUGAUACGAAUUCUGGCCACAUUUCUCCUGGUUUGUUUUGCUGGCUUUAACAUAAAGGAAAAGCUAUUUAUUUCUUUCGCUUGGCUUCCGAAGGCCACAGUCCAGGCUGCAAUAGGAUCGGUGGCUCUGGACACAGCACGGUCACAUGGAGAUGAGCAGUUAGAACGCUAUGGAAUGGAUGUGCUGACGGUGGCCUUUUUGGCCAUUCUUAUCACAGCCCCCAUUGGAAGCCUACUUAUCGGUUUGCUGGGCCCCAGGUUUCUUCAGAAGCUUGAACAUCAAAAUGAAGAUGAAGUUCGACAGACUUCUGCGCAGCUUUAGAGGUACUCUUAGAAAGCCUGAGGAUUCCUUGAGAGGAGCCUGACGGACACCUUUGGAACCCACAUUCAACCGCAACAGCUCUACUUUGCCUCCUAUGAAACCUGGAUCAGAGACUUUACGAGCAAAAAACUAAAAGGGUUUAAUUAAUUAAAAGGGUUUAUAUUGGUAA